AUGCUUGCUAACGUGGCUGUUUCUGACAAGAAGCUUGUUGUGAGGGGAACGACUAUCCCCAAUAUCUGGCUGAGAGACAAUUGCCAGUGUAGCAGCUGCCUGCAUGAGUCAACCAAGCAGAGACUCCAUGACACCUUUGCGAUUCCCAAGGAUGUGUCUAUCGAAUCGAUGUCGGUCAUCGAAGGCACCAUCAACGUCAAUUGGAGCGAUGGCCACAAGAGCACGUACGGCCAGUCAUCCCUCUGCGACGCAACCACAGACUUCGAGCGACGAUCCAUCGUGCGUCAAGGCCUCCUCACUCCAAAACUUUGGGACUCAACCAUUGCGUCCGAACCCCCCAUAGUACCCUACGCAGAAGCCCCAGAAAAACGCCUCCGCGCCGUGCUCUCUGCCAUUCGCAGAGAUGGCUUCUGUUACGUCGACAACACCCCUUCCGACACCCCCGAGGCUACAGAGGCGCUUCUGCGCAGCAUCGCCUUCAUCCGCGAAACGCACUACGGCGGCUUCUACGACUUCACCGCGGACCUGGCCUCGCAGGACACGGCGUACACGAACAUCGCGCUCGAAGCCCACACGGACAACACGUACUUUUCGGACCCGGCGGGCCUGCAGGCGUUCCACCUGCUGUCGCACACGGAAGGCGAGGGCGGCGCGUCGCUGCUCGUCGACGGGUUCAACGUCGCCGAGCAGCUGCGGCACGAAGACAUCGCCGCGUAUCGUGUCCUGAGUACCGUCAAUGUGCACGCCCAUGCGUCGGGCAACGAGGGCAUUAGUAUCCAGCCGUACCGCGGGUUCCCCGUGCUGGAGCACGACCCCAUGACGGGGGAUCUGCUGCGGGUGCGCUGGAACUCAUCAGAUCGCGCGGGUGUGGAGUUGCCGCUCGAGCAGGUAGAGAAGUGGUAUGAUGCGGCGCGCAAGUUUGAUGCGCUGCUGAAGAAGAAGGAGAAUGAGUACUGGAACAAGUUGGUGCCAGGGAGAGUGGUGAUUUUUGAUAAUUGGAGGGUGUUGCAUGGGCGGAGUAGCUUCACGGGCAAGAGGCGAAUUUGUGGCGGCUACAUCAAUAGGGACGACUGGAUCAGUCGAUAUAAGAUGGUGAGGUGGAAACAGGAGAGGGUUUUGGAGAGUCUGGUGAGCUCAUAG